AUGGAAUCGUUCAAAGAAGAGGACCUCGGUGACAGGCCCGAUGACUGGAACGGCGAGCGCGGCUAUAAACCGAUCGGGGGUCUAAAGGCAAGAGAUCUUUAUGACACGGAUCUGCAAGACACAGAUCGAGGACAAGUUGGCAGAAGACGCCACUUCAGUCAAGAUGAGCUUCUCGGCGGAGACUGGCUUUUCACCGUGGACAAUGAUCUUCCACUGGCGCUAGCCAGCAAUACCGGGCUUUGGGAUCAAAUCCGACAGCUUCCCGCUAGUACCAAAAUCUGCCCCGAAUGGGCCCGCCAGGUUUCGAAUUCUUUCUCAACCGCCAAAGAAGAAUACGGCUUUGACGGUAUUGAUGAAAUAGAGAUUCUUAGGGAUUGCUCAGUGUUGAAACUUGAUGAAAACAGCCAGCCUUUCCUUGUAAUUCUUGCAGAUCCAGAUUCCAAAACACCAAGUUCUAAGACUCAAAUUGGUUUACCUAUCCUCCCAGCAGCAGGCAGUCAGAAUCACUUCAGUAUCAUGCGUGAAUGGCUCCACGCCUGUGAUCACACACAUCAAAACGUCGGGUGCCAUUUGGAUCAGACGAGCUUGCUCCCGACUAGAGUGAUUGAUGUUGGAGGAGAUCUGAAUUCUGUGCGUCUCUACUGCUCUACAUAUAACGAAGAAGAAAGCUACGUUGCCUUGUCCCAUUACUGGGGCAGUUUUACGGGUGAUCAGAGAAUAUCAUUCUGUACGUUCACAAGGAACUUGGCUGAUCGUGCCGAACGCAUUGAUAUGUCAACACUCCCAAAGACCUUCCGAGACGCGAUACGAGUUACGCGCGAACUUGGACAACGAUACAUCUGGAUUGACUCACUUUGUAUAAUUCAGGACGAUUUAGACGACUGGCGGCGAGAAGCCAGUACAAUGGAACGCGUGUACAGUAUGGCAUAUUUCACCAUUGCAGCCACAUCUGCCGCCGACUCUUCGCAGGGCUUUCUGAACCCGCGAAAACAGAGGGAUUUUGUGAAGAUUGAGAAGCCUCCGUCACCGCCACCUUCUCCGCCAACCCCCUUCAAUCGACGUGAUCCAUUUGCCGGGAUUAGAGAGUCGCUUAUUUACAGGCCAAGUUCAGAGAGCCACAUACUUGGUGACCACCAAUUCCCAGCCUCCGCAGACCAGCGAAUCCACAGCCAAAAGCUCGAUUUCCUACAGUCCAUUUCCGCCAAAUACAUGAAACGGGCAUUCACUCAGCCGAGUGACCGGGCCAUUGCAUAUGCUGGUCUUGAAAAACGACUUGCAAAGGCUUUCACCUCAGCUUCUCACUAUGGUAUCAUUGACAGAUUUCUUCACCGCGGUCUGCUCUGGUUGCGCAAGACAGAUAGGACACUGACAAGAACAAUACCCGGCUAUGGUGUUUUUCAGCAGAACAUCACUCUAUCUUGGUCGUGGUUGGCGUAUGAAGGUGAUAUAGAGCCUUUGUCAAUUGGUUUUGAGAGCGUCGCCUGGAGUAAAAGUUUGCAUUUCCAAAAUGGGAAGGGGCUUCAGUGCGUUGUGAGAGAGUUUGAAAAUUGUGAUAUUGUACGUGAGGGAGAUGAAUAUGCAGUUUUUAGUAAUGAUUGCAACGAGGAGGAAAGUGAGGGCUCUAAUGGUACAGAGAGUGAUAGCGAGGUUAGUGAUGAUGAUUCGUAUAAGCCCGCUCCCCACCGCAGUUGGCUCCGAUUUGAUGUGGAUGCCUCUGAUAUCGGGUUGCUCAAGUGUGUGGUCGUUGGCAGGAAAGUUGACUCCCAUAUGAGUGGGUUUCAAGAGGACUGCUAUAUUAUCGUCUUAAAGCGAAAUGGCUGUGACAGAAUGUUUGCGAAGGCCAAUCCGAAUCCUCCAAACAUGAAAUUCACAAGCGUUAUCUUGUCGCUGGUCGGCUUUUCGGCUGUUACCACCGCAACUCCCUUACAUCAACUGACUCCAAAAGACUUGCCAUAUCCUCUCAGUUCAUCUCCUCUCGAAGGUCCCGUCGGCUCAUUGGAGGAAUGGAACAAGUCUCAGCAGAAGCGCGCUUCGACCACUGUUGAAAAGCGUAACAAGGUGAUCCCGCAGCUCUGUCUCCAAAACAUCGGACAGAAAUGGGAUUUUGCCAAUCACUUCUGCGCCAGACUCGCUCAUGACGAUCUCCUCCGCAAUCCAAAUGGUGUAGCUCACGUUGAUGCGAGGAGCUGCCAGAAAAUUGCAUGUUUUGGUAAUCCUGGCGUCGGUAUCUUUCUGUGCAAUGAUAACGCUUACGCCAUCGCACCACGCAUUGGAUAUCUCGCCGAAUAUGCAGACACGAUUAUUGAGAAGUGCAAUUGGCACGAGAAGAAACAUAAUGUCGAUCUUACGUCCGGCCAGAUGUUUGAUAGGGAUAAUUAUAAUGUGGUGGUUCGUGGAGGGGAAAAAUGUGAGGGGUUUUUCGAUACUAUUCCCUGCCCUAAUAACGUUGAUUAUGGUCAAUAA